AUGCCGGGGAAGGAGCGCGCGCUGGUCCCCGAGGCAAAAAUUGGCCAACGAGGCCCCGUGCGGAGAGGAAAACCCCGCGGGUUUUGGCAGGGAACUCUGCUAGCACACCAGCAACCCCGCUGGGAUCCAGCGGUGGGAACUGGGACAGACCAGUCAGGCGCUGGGGAGCGCACUGCUGACAGCUCCAUCAGCGCCGACGACUCGCCCAGCUCCGAAGCCUUCGUCUCCAAACGCGCCAGCGCCGAGGUGGUGCGGAGACACAGGCGGAAUUACGUCUAUGACAGCAGCGUCUACGGCGCCGUGCGGAACCCGCUGGAGGCCAAGCGCGAGGUGUGCGAGCUCAACCCCGACUGCGAUGAGCUGGCCGACCACAUCGGCUUCCAGGAGGCGUACCGGCGCUUCUACGGCACCGUCUAG